CGCGUUCUUCCGCGCGAGGGCGCGACGCCGCGGUCGACGCGCGUCGACGAGCCGACGCGCGUCGACGAGCCGACGCGCGUCGACGAGCCGACGCGCGAGCGACGCGCGCCCUCGCCCGGGACGCCCGCGUGCCACGCUGGCGGUCGUCGCUGAGCAAGCACGAGCGGCGGCAAAAAAUACCUGCACCGCAGAGACGAGGUGUCCGCAUCCGAGCGAGUGUCCGCAUCCGAUGGUGGCGACGCGCGACGGCGCGCGAUGGUGGCCGACGCGCGAACCCCCCGGGGAGAAACCCACGACGCUGUUCAUGGACCGCACCCGCCGUGAGAUCGUGCCGAUCGCGACCGCGGACCUCGCGCACCAUCGCGUCGUCGCCGCGGCGGUGUGCCAGGAGGGCUGCUACCCGGACAAAUCGCGCGCGCACGUGAACCAAGACACCUUCGUCCUCGACGUCGCGUUCGAGGGCGACGCGAACCAAUGCUUGCUCGGGGUCUUCGACGGCCACAGCGUCCACGGCGAGGACGCGGCGCAGAUCGCGGCGGCGACGCUCCCGAGGACGCUGAAGGAGCUGCGGGCGGACGACGCCUUCGAGAACCAUCUCGGCGACCGCGCAUUGAGAACGCCCCUGACCGCGUCGCCGCUCGACGGCGACGACGCGGGGCCAUCCGCGUUCGCGACCGCGUUCGAACGAACGAACGACGUCAUCGUGCGCGAGCUCGCAGAGGACGUGAAGUCGUCGGGAACGACCGCGGUCGUCGCGCACUUGAUCGGGGACAUGUUGCACGUCGCGAACGUCGGGGACUCGAGGGCGAUCUUAGGAAUCGCGGCGAGCGGCGAGGAGGCGAGGCUGUCAUCGUCGUAUGAGCAAUCAUCGCGCGCGUCGUCGCCAACGAACGAGAACGACGUCAGUCCUAGGUGGGAGGUCCUGCCCGUGACGCACGACCAGACGUGCUUCCGGCACGACGAGCGCGUGCGGAUGAAGAAAGAAGCGACCGAGGACGUCAUGUUCGCGACGCUCGGGAUGAUCCUCGGCGAGGUUCCGUUUAGCGAAGACUUCGGCGAGGAGACGAUUGAGGCCGCGGACGACCCGCCGCGGGUGUUCAAGAACAAGAAGCACUACCCCGGGUGCGCGUUCACGCGGAGUUUAGGGGACACGAUAGGCAAGAGCCUCGGCGUCAGCGCCAAGCCGGAGACGCUGUCGUAUCGCUUGGACGACGCGAGCCGGUGCCUCGUGAUCGCGUCGGACGGCGUCUUUGAGUUUUUAGAAAACAAAGAUGUGAUCGCGAUAUGCGAGAGAUACGAGGGCGACGCGCUGGGGGCGUGCGAGGAGAUCACGCGCGCCGCGUACGCGUGCUGGAGCGAGGAGGACACGCGAGCGGACGACGUCACGUGCGUCGUCUCGUAUUUCACGCCAAAGCCGAGCGCGGCGAAGGCGCCAAAACCGGCGACGGCGCCGUCGAAAGCCGCGGAGCAGUGGAUGCGCGUCAGAAGGCAAGUGCGCGCGGGGCACACGAAGAAAGAGCCGGGUUUGCGGUUCGCGAACGCGGCGCUCGCGAAAGCGGCGAUACAUCUCCGCACACGUCGCGGCUCGCUCGCGAUCGAGGAUUUGUUCCCCAGGUUCGAGUGGGACACGAUGGAGGGCGCGGGGGUCAACUUGAAAGACCUCGUCGACGCCACCGCCGGGCUUGGCGUGUGAGAAGCGACGAGAACGAGGAGGUCGACGUACACGUGUAAUCUUACUGUACGUUGAUGUUGUUGAUGACGUUGAAGUUUAAUCAAAUACCUUCGAAGGUACGU